AGGCUCCAGUGGAGAUCACUUCCAUUGAAAACUUUUGUAAAUCCUGCAUAGCUUAGUGGGUUUUGAAAGUAGCAGAGUAGCAGCAGUGAGGGCCUGUGCUGUCUCAGGUGGUCUUGGAGGCCUGGCAUUCCAUGCAGGUAAUUGAGGAAAGAUUCGCAUGCCCGCAGCCGGCCUGGCUGCCCCGGCCCGCGCCCCCGCUGCCGCUCCAACUUUACUCGCAGACCGCGCGGGGGUUCUCUGCUGCGGAGCCGGCGAGGCGCAGGCGGGACCCUGGUGCCGGCCUCGCUCGCCACCUCCUGCUGGAGGGCACCUUCCUUAACAAUGCCAGAGGAUGGAGCGGGUACGCGGGGCAGGAAGCCGUUCCGGGGUUUAAUCUUCCCUUCAGCAUUCCAGGAGGGAAUGGAGUCGAGUGUAGGUUCCGGGGCAUUUUCCGAUCAGAGCGAGUGCAGGAAAUGCCAGUGCUCCCCACUGCAGGGAGAAGAGGCUCAUUUCUUCAGCAGUCACUCCUAGGCCUGGUUUCUGAUCGCCCCCUCGCCGGCCCUGGUGGGAGGAGGUGCCUCUCUCCCCGCAGCCCUGCGCCCGAAAACCUCGCUCACCAGUAGCUGGUGGCCUUUGGGACCGAGAGUGAUUCUUAGAUUGUUUCUGUGCGCCCAGUUCCCAUCCCUGUGGGCCGGUUGGGAGCGAGCAGUUCUGUGGGAAGGGGAAUGUGUCUUGUUGACGGAAGCAUUCAUCGCUUUGGCCGCUAGCAUCUCUGGGGGUGAGAGCUUCUGCUCCUGGAUGUAGGCCUUGUCGGCUCUUACCGAAGCGACAGGGUUGAGCUGUGGUUUGUGGAAAUGCUCGCUGGUUCUCUUUCCACUUUGCUUGCUAACACUUGCAGAGUGUGUGCCCCUGGAACCUAGGGAGGUUUCAGCAGAGCAGUGCCAUUUUGUAAUCUUGUGUAUGGAGAUGUCCAGUCUGACUGCAUUUGCUUGUUUAAGAAGAUCAACCAAUUUCUGGAAAGUUACCAGAUUAAUUGUUAACUUUAUAUGAGC